AUGAGGACUUGGAAACACCUUUCUCCUAUCAGCCGGAUGAGCACUUAUCAUGUCACAAAGACACGAUGGAACAAUCUAAACCAAGCACAUAAAGGUCUUCCCUCCGCAGGGAUGCAAGAGACUGGCGUGUGGUAGUAGAUACAGGGAUCUAAACUUGUCACAGGCUACACUUCAAAAGGGCAGAUGAUAAAGCACAGAGGAAGUGACUUCAAUUCUGCUAAAUAGUUUUGGUCAAUGAGUCAUAUGGCGCUAAAGUGAGACAGAACGAGAAGACACCUCUUCAUGGAAGCACAGUCAAAUCUGGUAUCUUGUUAUUGAAGCCCUAUAAAGAGGAUAGAUGCUGCUGGGUGUGCCGAAAGAGCAGUCAAUGCACACAUGCCCUCCAUGGGAAAGGGCGGAGAAGAGAAACAGACCGCUGGAAGCAAGCGCAGUGUCUGACAGAUCCGAAUUCAAGCACGCAGGGGAGCUUCACCAGCACAGGAUGGAUCCAGCUUUACUGAGAGAACGGGAGCUCUUCAAGAAAAGGGCGCUUUCCAACCCUGUUGUCGAAAAGAGACAGGCCACCUCAGACCCUGGGUCGCACAAGAAGAAGAAGCCCAAAGUUGAGAAGGAGAGCUCCUCCAGUUCAAAGCACACUUCUGAGUCCAGUAAUGGCAAUUUCAACAUUAAGACAAGCUCUGGCUAUAAGUUUGGCUGCCUGGCCAAGAUUGUAAACUACAUGAAGACAAGACAUCAGAAUGGUGACACCCACUUCCUGACCCUUGAGGAGAUCCUGGAUGAGACCAAACUACUUGAUAUCGGCAUGAAACAGAAGCAGUGGCUGAUGUCUGAGGCUCUUGUAAACAACCCAAAAAUUGAUGUCCGCGAUGGCACAUAUGGCUUCAAACCCAAGUACAACCUGAAAGACAAGAAAGCACUACUGAGGCUGCUGGACAAACAUGACCAGCUGGGCCUGGGAGGAGUUUUACUGGAGGAUGUGGAGGAAGGUCUGCCCAACUCUGCCAAGGCCAUUAAGGCUUUGGGAGAUCAAAUCAUAUUUGUGACCAGACCAGAUAAGAAGAAGAUCCUGUUCUACAAUGACAAGCACUGCCAGUUUGCGGUGGAUGAAGAGUUUCAGAAGCUAUGGAGGAGCGUCCCUGUGGAUUCCAUGGAUGAAGAGAAGAUUGAGGAGUAUUUGAAGAAACAAGGAAUCUCAUCCAUGCAGGAGUCAGGACCUAAGAAAGUGAUACCAGUUAAGAAGAGAAAGAAGCAAAGUGGACAGAGGAAGACACACUUCAAGACUCACAAUCGUCAUUUGUCAGAGGUUCUUGAAGACUAUUCAGAUGGUGUUCCAAUUAAGAAGUGAGGGUUCUAUUGGUUUCUGUUACCGACUGUUGGCAGUAAAUACCCUGGGAAUAGGAACUGAUGGGACAGGAAUGUCUAUAGUUCCUUUUUUGUGUUUAUUGAUAAAUAAACCCCAAAGGCUGAAGCUUGUAAAUAUAUUUUUUAUUUUGAUGGUUAAUUAUAUAGGUGUGUCUGUUCAGCAACUAUAUAAGGAAAUGUGUUGUAUAAGUUGCUCGACUUUUAUUCCACAUGAAGCAUCCUGUGUGUUACAGUUUGUCACGCACCAGGCAAUUAUGUUUCAAAAUGUGGGAUGUGUUCUAUUAAAAUGUUGUGAU